UGAGCGAGUGGGUGUGUCUGUGACCAGAGAAAGAAAUAGGAUAUUACAACGGAAGAUUGAUUGAUUAAUUGAUUGAUCUUUUAUGGUUCGAUUGUAUGUACGUCAGCUGAGAGGGUCGAUCCGUGCUAUCUAGACAGAAGACACAGGUUUUUUGAAACGCGCCAACAUGGCCAAGGAGGAGGAGGAGCCGGAACAGCCAGUGGAGAAUGAAACACCAUCAGCAGAGAGAAGUGAUUACCAAAAUGGAACCAGUCACGAUGAAGAAAAGACAAAAGAAACAGCCACCACCGCGGAAGGAACAGAUCCUCUGGAAGACCACGAUCCCGAAGCACAACCCCCCACGAGGAGAGACUCCCGACCAGCACAUAGCGCGUUUAGCAAAUACGAAAAACUAUUCAUCGUCGUGAUGGUCACUAUGGCUUCCUUCUUCUCUCCGCUCUCAGGCCAGAUCUAUUACCCCGUCAUGCCGACGCUCGUCAAGAACUACCACCUGACAACUAGCCUGGUCAAUCUGACCAUCACUACAUAUAUGAUUCUCCAGGGUCUCGCGCCAAGUUUCAUGGGCACGUUUGCUGAUUCAGGUGGUCGACGACCAGCGUACAUACUAGCGUUUACGAUCUAUACCGGAGCGAAUAUCGGAUUGGCGCUCCAGAAUAGCUAUGCGGCGUUAAUGGUGCUGCGAUGUCUGCAGAGUGCCGGCAGUAGCGGGACAGUUGCGUUUGGGUAUGGAGUUAUUUCAGACAUCGCCACGACUGCAGAGCGAGGGACGUAUAUCGGACCCAUGGCUGCUGGGGUGAUGGUAGCUCCGGCCUUGGGACCCGUUAUUGGAGGUCUCCUAGCCAAGUUCCUCGGAUGGAGAAGUGUGUUUUGGUUCCUGGUCAUUAUCAGUGGGGGGUUUCUCGUGGCGUAUAUCAUCCUGGUUCCGGAGACGUCACGCAAGAUCGUUGGGGAUGGCAGCGUGCCUCCACGAGAGUGGUGGCAGAUGUCUCUUUUGCAAUAUAUACAAGCGAAGAGGAAAGAGAAGAAACUAUCGCCAGCCCAGCGGGAAGAAUUGAAGAAGACUCGCGAGGCGUUGGAUAGAGAGGGACAGCAGAGAAGGGGAAAGAUUGGGAUCCCGAAUCCCUUGCUUUCGUUUAAGAUCCUGUUGGAGAAGGAUGCGCUGAUUAUCAUUUUGUAUAUUGGGAUUAUUAUGUUUUCGAAUAUCGCCUUGCUUACUUCGACGGCGAAUUUGUUUCCGGAGCUUUAUGGGUUUAAUACUCUGCAGGUGGGGUUGUGUUAUAUUCCCCUCGGUGUAGCCGCCUGCAUCGGCGCCUCUAUCAACGGCAAACUCAUCGACUACACCUACCGACGGGACGCACGCAAACUCGGUUUCUCCAUUGAUCGCAAACGCGGCGACGACAUCCUUCACUUCCCCAUUGAAAAAUCACGUCUCCGAACCGUCUUCCCUCUCCUCGCUAUCGGAAUCGCCGCCUACCUACCCUACGGCUGGGUACUGCAACAACGCGCCCCGCUCGUAGCCCCGCUCAUCCUGCAAUUCAUCAAUGGAUUCUGCUUCCUCUCGGCCAUGAACACGCUGACUACGCUUCUGGUCGAUCUGUUUCCUGAUCGAGCGGCCACGGCGGCUGCGGCGAUUAAUCUGGUCAGAUGCUGGUUGGGGGCUGUGGCGGCGGCGGUGAUCGAUUAUAUGCUUAGUGGGAUGGGGUGGGGGUGGUGUUAUGUGUUUUUGGGAUUGGUGCAGUUGGUGGCGUUGGGGGGGUUGUUGAUUGAGCAGAAGUAUGGGAUGGGGUGGAGACAGAGGAGGUUUGAGAAGUUGGCUUUGAAGAAGAAGGAGAAGGAGGAGAGGAUGAGGGAGGCAGAAGAGAAGGAAAAGGAUGGGACGGGAGGGAAUGCUCAGUAAAUAGUGAAGGUGGUGGUUUUAUUCUGUUACAUGUGCAUAAAAGCUCCAAUCUCUCUCUGUGUUUUGUCUGAGGGAGGGAUGCAUGAUAUCCAUAAUUAGAUAGACUUUCUUCUUUCUCUCUCGUCUCUGCAAAAAGAGAAUGAGUCGAGUAACCUAGCUUUUUAAUGAUAAUUGAUGAAUCGAUC